AUGAAGCGUAUCCGCCGAAUCCUCUGCUGUGACUGCCAGAAAGACGUCGAAAAUGUCGCACGACAGACCUCCAAGGACGGAAAUGAUGCCAGUAUCACACCUAACAAUAAGUUUACCUUGAAAGAUGACCACAAGGCGGUCAACGACGCUUCAAAGGACCCCAACUCGGAUGCCAGCAAGCAACGCAAUAUAGAGCGCGCGCACGAGGUUUUGAUGACACUCAAAGAGGUCUCUGAACUAUCAGAAUUCUUAGGCCCGCUCAAACUUAUCAGUGGGAUGGUCGGCAAAGGGCUCGAGCUAAAGAUGGCUAGUGUCCGCAAUAAGUCGGCGUGGUCAUCCCUAAAGUUGACCCUCGAACGUCACAUUGCAGUUUUCGAGCAGCAACGCCAGCUACUCGCAGACGGCGAUAAACGACAGAAUCAAAACAUAAUCGGGAUCUUGGAUGAAUACACUUCCGCUCUUACAGACAUCCUCGCACAAGUCCUGGAAGGGAUGGGCAUCUCAGAGUCAGACGUUCCUCCCGGGAUGAGAUCUAUAUUUCAAUCUCUCCAAAGAAAAAUUCGAAAGAUUGGUACAGCAGGUACCGAAGCGGAUCAAAUCGCUGGACUAUUAAAUGAGCUCGAUGCCAUUUUCAAGCGGCUCAGCGUUUCUCUUGGCUUCCAUGCUGCAGUGGAACUGCAGGCAAUUCGUUUCCAGCUCAACCAAGAUGACAGAGCGAGAGUCUUAUCGAAGGUUGUUAGCCUUGGGGAUCAUUUGCAGAAUAUCACCGGAGCGGUUCCAGUGGACACUGGCGUCGACCUACUACUCCAGGCCUUUCCAAUGUUACAAGCCAUCCUUCUAACUGGAAAUUCGAAUGAAAGUGUACUAAAGCUUCACGAUAUCCUCGGUGAACAUCAGAAGACGCUCACCCUGCUCCUAAAGCAGUAUGUGCGAGCUGAUCUAGCGCCCGACGCUGACAGCCCACUCCCACAACGAUUGAUCGAGUACACGCACGAGCUCCAAGUCAGCGUCGUUUCGGUGCUCAUACUCUACGGCAUAGCACCUCAAGAAGUCUCGCUUUCGUCUCCCACUUUUUCAAACGCCGUUGGCUUGACGUCAAAUGAUUCAGAAUGGAUACAGCUUCAGUCGGCACUUGAACGCAUUUCGAUUGCAUUCUUUGCAUAUCUUGAGCCUGUUCUGCGUGCUGGAAUUAGGCCAAAGAAGCAGGCACUGCGGCGUUACUCCACCAGAAUCGAUGAUGGGAAGGAUAUUUCACCGUUCGGAAGACAACACGCAGAAUGUCUCGAGGGAACGCGAGCAAAAUCGCUUCAAGAGAUUGAGACUUGGGCAAGCCAGUCGUCUCCCUCAUCCCGUAUAUACUAUCUCUGUGAUCAGGCAGGUACGGGUAAAUCGACGAUUGCACAUACGAUUGCCAACACCUGGGAGCGGGAAGGCCGACUCGCUGCGCGAUUCUUCUUCUCUCGAGGAACCGCACGGACGUCAACCGGCAGCGAUUUGUGCUAUUAUAUCGCUCUUAAUUUGAUGGAGAGAUACACACAACUCAGGAGGGAUCUCGAGAACACGAUAUCGAGUGCAAUUUCUCGAGACCAGCCCAUACCCGUACAGUGGAAGAUUUUCGUUGCGGGUCCCCUCGCAUCUAUUCAAACUUCGAACCCCAAUAUAAUCGUCGUGGACGCCCUCGACGAGUGUGACAGCGGGCGUGAGGAUGUACUCCGGUGUAUACUCUCUACGUUUGGUCAUACUUCCACUGUGGCAUCUUCAUUUCGAUUCUUCUUCACCACACGGCCCAACCAGGAUCUUCACAUCCUAAACAAUCAAGUGGCCGUCAUCAGCACCCUCCAACAAACGAUCGAGCAGCAAAGGCAAACCGAAGCCGACAUUCAUCACUAUAUACUCCACCAAUUCUCAAAGUUAAACACAGCUGGUCUAGCAGCCAAUGCAGCAGGUAGACUAGCAGCACACUCCCGAGGCCUCUUCAUCUUUGCCUCCACCGCAUGCUCGAUGCUCAAAAGAUCCAUCGACCCAGUAGCUACAUUGAAUUUCAUCCUCUCAGAUGGAGAGUUCACGGGGCUAGAUGGCAUCUAUCGAGGUAUCCUGACCCGAGCCAUACCCAAUGAACCGGGAUCCCAUGAAGCGGUUCAACAGAUUCUCUCAGUCAUCCUCGCGACUCAAGAAACCUUGUCGCGUGAAACGAUUGAGGCUCUUUCGGUCAACCCGCAUGCGACGCGACGGACGCUCGAGCAGCUAGGGAGCGUGAUUAGUAAUGGGGAGAAGGACGAAUUGGUAUAUAUCAUUCAUCCAACCUUUCGCGAAUUCCUCCUCCACGCAAGUCGCUCCAAGCAGUUUGCAGUGAAUAUCCAUGUUGGCCAUCGUAUCCUCGCCCGUCGCUCGCUUCAACUUUUGCACGAUCACCUUCAAGUAGAUAUUUGUCACGUUUUCAAACCGGGCCUACCAUUCCCCCUUCGCAAAGAUGUCGACAAUCUUGAAGGGAGAUUGGUGGAGUACACUACUCCCGAACUUCGCUACGCAGCAUCGUACGGAAUGGCGCAUGCAAUUGUCGCUCUUUAUCUCACUGACGUCUAUAAGAUGGUGAGACAGGUGUUUAUGACUCGCCUACUCGCUUGGAUCGAACUCGUCAGCAUCCUCGAUAAUGUGCCUGCGGCGAUGUUUGGAACCAAAAGUCUAUUGGAAGCGUUAAAAGCCGUUAACAAGUUACCUGAAUUUGUCUCGGAGAGUGCGGAUGUCGAGCGCUGUGCCGACAUUUUACAAUUUUUUCGUACAAAUCAAGGCAUUAUCCAGGCGUCUCAUUUGCACGUCUACACCUCUGCCAUGCUGUUCUAUCCGCGAGAUAGUCAUAUAUCGCGACGAUACUUCACGGCUGUCCAAUUCCCCCUUCCUAUCCUACGCGCAUCGAUCAAGCACACAGUGCAGGGGCUGCUUGUCCUUCGUGGCCAUACAGAUGAUAUCGUAUGCGUCACAUUUUCUCCAGACGGUCGUAGAAUCGCAUCCGGAUCUCGCGACCACAUUGUUCAGAUCUGGGCAGCAGAUACCGGCGCAUUACUUCGAACCCUCCACGAAUGUCAUCGGUCGAUUCUGGCAUUACUUUUCAUCCCUAACACGCGGUACCUUCUCGUCGCUUCCGACGAUGGCACGGUGCGCCAAUGGAAUCUCCAGCCAGAUCAACCAACUGGAGAAUUAUGGUUCAGUCAUUCUGCACCAGUCAUAUCUCUCUUGUUCUGCGAAAGCAGACAAGAAGUUAUUUGCGCUAGUAUCGAUGGCAAAUUGUUUGGGUUACGGCGCGAAAGUCAAUGUGUGAGCUGGGUUCUUGCGGGUGACGAUGUCGAGAACGCUGGUUCGAUUGCGUUGUCAAGCGAUGGAAAGUACCUCGUAAAGGCUUCCCAGCCCUCUCUCCAUGUCUGGGAUUUGUCACAAACCUCCGCUCAACCCAUAUCGUGCCUAGUGCAGCUCUCUUCCGUGGAAGCAGACUCUAUUAGAGGCAUUCGCGCCGUGUUUAUCCCGGAUUCUCACAGCCUCGUAAUAGCGUCGGAAUCAAAGACGAUGAAGGCUUGGGAUCUUGACACAGGAGCGUUGCUCUGGGCACGCGAUGCUGAUGCCACCCUCGUGUCUGUCCUGGGAGACCGGAAGAGAAUCUUGUUUGUUACCGAAAGCCAUCCUAGUGUCCUUCGACUAUGGGAUGCUGAGGAAAAGGAGGGCCCGCGUGCAUUUCAUGGACAUACAGGUGCCAUCACGAGUAUUGCGACCUCAAAUGGCGAAAAUAAGCAGUCAUUCGUUUCCGGUUCUCAAGAUGGCACCACUCGAGUCUGGGACGCGAACACUUUUCUCUGCGACGACGGUCCCGCUCAGGACGAGCAGUCGAGGAUUGUUUCGCUCGCCCUCUCUAAGGACGGGCUAUCCUUGCUCUUGACGAACGAGCAUAAUAGAAUUCAAUUGUGGAGAGCAGACGGGGAUGGGAUGGAAAUGGAACGCGUCGUCCACCUUCGGUGCCCGCGGGAUUGCGCAUCGUUGGACUACAGGACCGCAAGCUUUCAUCCUGUUCACCCAUAUCUAGUAGUCUCCAUUUCUGAAGAAAGCUCGCUAGUCGUUUACGAUCUGCAUACCAGCGAGUUUAUCUACCGAAUCGACCUACAAGCGGAUUCACAAGACCUCGAUUCAAUCAACCAUAUUACCUUUUCAUCAGACGGAAGCCUGAUGGCACUGACACAUUCAUUGCUCAUCUCCAUAUGGCGUAUCGACGACAUCCUCACUAGUCAACCAACGCUUCUCUACUCCGACCAAGCGACCAAAAUGGCUGAAGGACCCAUAUCGUCGAUUUUCCAUCCCAGUAACCAAUAUAUUGUAUCAUGCCACCAAGCAUGGCAGAUUCCGACUCCUGCCUCGUCGAUGCUUUCGGCCCAAAGGACAGUGAGGCCGUCAACAGGUUUCGAACGGUUGAAGGGCGAUGAACUGGAGCGUGUUCUGUCGGAAGCACAUCCAAUUCGUAUCCGCUGGGAUCAUGCACAUCAGCUCAACUGGAUCGAUCUUGGCCAGCCCGUCCGCCAAUCGAUUGCAAUCCCCGUCGACUUUGUGAUCACUGCCACGACAUUUGCAGUCGACAAGGUUGCGUUUGGGUCCAAAGACGGUCGAGUUGUUGUUCUCGAUGCCUCCCCGAUCCUCGAUAGGUCAGACUCUCUUGUACAGUAG